CGAGCGAGUCGCCACGAGACCCUCUCAGUGCAGACCUUGCCGGCAGCCGACAUGGACCUGGUCGGCUUGUGGAAGUGUUUAAUUGGUUUGCUGCUGGUGGUGGCCACCCUAGCCAGGGCGCAGGAUGACGAAGAGUCGCUCACGUCGAGCUUCUUUUCAGGUCUUUUGGAAACGAUUACAAGCACAGCAAACAGCAAAGACUGCCCUGGAGUGUGCAUGCACGCUCUUGCUUCGCUCAUAUGUUCAGAAGUGCUGGAGGACGUCAAGUGUCCGUCGUCGUCCAUGCGAUGCUGUGUCGAUACACCCCCAGCAAACAACACCUCAGCCGCCUCUGCUCCAGUUGACAAAAUUAGCUCAUCGAGUAACUCGAAAUCCUCAACACCUGCGCCGACAACGACGAGCAAAAAGCCACCGAAGAACGAGGAUAAAACCAUUGACAGCCAAGGAGAAUGUCCUGGAGUGUGCGUGGCAGAAAGAAUUGCAGACUACUGCGAGGCGGUGCUCGACAUUUCAAACUUGUGCAAGACUGGCCUGCGCUGCUGCGUGUCAAGGGACAAGUACGCGCCGGACAAGGCACCUCCUGAGCUGAUCAUUAUGGACAGGCAGAACAAGACUCGCCUGCCAACAACCGCGGCGCCAGCCGUGGCCACGACGACGACCACAACCACAACUACCCCGGUGCCCACCUCAGUCGCGCAGUUCGGGAAACCGUGCAAAGGCGAAUGCGUCAGCGGCCUCUUCGCACUCUUCUGCGACGACGUCGAUACUGAGGCGUCUUGUCCUGGCGACGACAGUUGUUGUAUUAACAAUCCCGUUGGACCAGCCCAGACCACAGAAAAAAUGCCAGUGACCCCUGGAAAACCCGCCUCGACUUCCGCGAAACCAACCCGGCAAGAGCCUGUGAUUCCCAAAUGCCCUGGUUUUUGUUUGUUGAACGUCAUGUCUUCGUUCUGCGAGAGACCAUCGGUCAUCAUUCAAACUACAUCCAACUGCGCCCAAGGAUCGGUGUGUUGCGACAACACUAGAGGCUCUGCUCCUCCACCCGCAACCAAGUCGCCACCCCAAGCGCCCAAGCCGGUGGUGAGCAGUGGUAGCAGCGCCGUGGACGCGGUGAGCUCAGUGGUGGACACACUCUCAUCGCUUGACAGCGCUUUCGGAGGCCUGGCGCCGCUGGCUGCUCUGCUCGCCAACGGAGGCUCGACUAGCAAAGCCCCCACGACGACGACGACGACCGCGGCGCCGACCACCACCUCGCAGGACCCGCGGCCCGAGUGCCCAGGCUCGUGCAUCGUGCCCUACUUGUCAUUCACCUGCUUCAGAAAUGCUGAAAUGACCACCCUGUUUAAGUGCAAACGAUCUGGCCAGCAGUGCUGCGCGCAUAAAUCCCUGAUCAGAGAGCUGCUGGAGCAGAGGAACCCGCAACACCAUCACCACCACGGUGCAGGCUCGCAACAGAUCCUGCCUCCUCCCCCUGGCGUGAACCGCAACGACACUGACUUGAAUACUUUCUACCAGCCCUACAGGCCGUCGCCAAUCGACCACCCCAGCGUGCAGCAGGGCCUCAAACCCCAGCCGUCACAAAAGUAUCCGGUUCAAACGACAACAAGCAUCAACAGUGUUCAGCAGCCUGGCCCAACCCCGUCGUACAGCAAGUACGUUUGCGGCGUGAAGGGCACCCAGCGGGAAGGAGCCUCAAACAGCACUGCCUUUGGCCCGUACAGAGAGAGUAGGGUGGUUGGCGGUGCCGAUGCUGACCCUGGCGAGUGGUGCUGGCAGGUGGCGCUGAUUAACUCUUUGAACCAGUACCUGUGCGGAGGUGCGCUCAUUGGAACACAAUGGGUCUUGACCGCGGCUCACUGCGUCACAAAUAUUGUUCGUUCUGGCGACGCUAUUUACGUCAGGGUGGGCGACCACGACCUGACCCGCAAGUACGGCAGUCCCGGCGCCCAAACGCUCAGGGUGGCCACCACCUACAUCCACCACAACCACAACUCGCAAACCUUGGACAACGACGUCGCACUGCUCAAGUUGCAAGGACAGGCCGAACUGACUGAAGCUGGCGUCUGCCUCGUUUGUCUGCCAGCCAGGGGUGCAGGACACCCACCUGGCAAAAGGUGCACGGUCACCGGAUACGGAUAUAUGGGAGAAGCGGGUCCGAUUCCUCUGCGGGUACGCGAGGCGGAAAUUCCCAUUGUGAGCGAUGCCGAGUGUUUGAGGAAAAUCAACGCAGUCACGGAAAAGAUUUUCAUCUUGCCCGCAAGCAGCUUCUGUGCUGGUGGCGAAGAAGGAAAUGACGCGUGUCAGGGAGAUGGCGGCGGACCUUUGGUUUGCCAAGACGAUGGAUUCUACGAGUUGGCUGGCUUGGUGUCCUGGGGAUUCGGUUGUGGCCGGCAAGACGUGCCAGGUGUUUAUGUAAAAGUUAGUGCCUUCAUUGGAUGGAUCAAUCAAAUCAUCAGUGUUAAUAAUCUUUAAGGAAUUUGCUCACUACAUGAGGGCUUGAUGAUACAGUAUCAUAGUUAUGUGUACCUGCCCUUGGUUAUUAAUUUUGCUAAUUUAUAGUGCUACUCGCAGCCAUCGACCCAAAGUCGCAUCAUCCUUCAUUAUAAAGUGUUAAUUAUUGUAUCAGUCACAAUUUCAUUUUGCAUGGCCAUAAUCAUGUCAUUUAUCAAUAAAAUUUAUUCAAAAAGA